AUGGUGCACAACAUUCACAUUGCAGUUCUGGAUGUCGAUAUCCCAGCGCGCCGCCUCUACGAGGCACGAGGACUCUGCAGUGCUCACUUUCGCGACAUUCUCAAGGAGACCACCGCUCAUUUGAACAAAUCCGACCCUGCCAUCAAAGACCCAAUCGAGAUCACCAUCACUCCAUAUGACAUUCGCGGCGGACAUUAUCCAGACUUCCACUUACUCCGCGGCGAUCCGACUCAGCAGGAGUUCCCCGUUUACAGACCGAUCGAUGCAGUCCUGAUCACAGGAGGUUCGCCGGGGGUCUACGAGAUGCCCCAGUCUCCCUGGAUGCAGAUCUUGGAGAAAUUCAUCAAGACCGUCUAUCAAGAUUACCCGGAGGUCCGGUUGAUGGGCACCUGUUUCGGUCACCAAUUGAUCUCUCAUGCGUUGGUGCGUGAUCCCGAGGAUCCCGUUCGAGACGUGUAUGUCGAAAAAUGUCCACUGGGCCGGGAAGUGGGCAUUUAUACCGUUCAAUUGGAAGACCAAUUCAUCAAGCAUUUUUCGUCAGCAUUGGGGCAUCUGCCGCAAGGUCAGCUGCGCAUUCAAAUGUUCCACGGUGAUCGUGUCAUGGCAGUUGAGAAGGGGCAGAUGGCGACGUUGUCUGAUACGCCGCCAGUGUCUUUGCCUGCGCCGUGGAUCAAUAUUGGCAGUACGCCCAUUUGUCCUAUUCAAGGACUGUAUAACCCAGGCAGAGUCCUGACGGUGCAGGGCCAUUAUGAGAUGGACGCAUUUGCCACGUCCAAGAUGUGUAUUGAAAGCGCACCCGUCAUGGGUUGGAAAGAGUCCAAAUUGGCGCUCUUCCUGGAGCAAGUUGGACCAGACACCAAGGAGCGGCGGGAUGAUGCGAGAGCUUUUGCAACUGCAGUGAUUUUUUUCUUGGCCGAUAUUGCAAGAUGA